UUUCAAAUAAUAAUGGGAGAUAAUGAUAAUUCAGUUAAUCAUUCGACUGCCGAUAGUGAACAACACCCUCAACAUUUAGAAAAUCAAGUUUCGGUACCUGAUGAUAUUCCUCUUCCAGUUCCUCCACUUGCUGAGAUAACUGAAGAAAACCAAGCUUGGAUGAAAGCUCAAGAAGCACUGCGUUCUAUUGGGUCGAAAAAUACCUAUAGUGCGCAACAAGACGCUUAUGCUUCUGCUUUUCCACGAAAUUAUGGCUGGCCACCCCAAAUGGGAGGAUCAAUGUACUCUACAGGUGUCUACCCGUCUCCUUUCGCAGGUGCUACUGGUUUCAAUCCUUACUACCAAUACCAACAAAACAGCCGAUUUCCGGUACAAUCGAGUGCAUCUUAUAGGCCUAUGACUUCUUCAACCUCGAAUAUUGAUCCAUCAAAUUUGGUACCAGUCCCAGUGAAUGCUCAGCCGCUUCCGCCGCACAUCGCUUCAGGUUUGCAGCAAAGUCCUCGCCCAUUUAAACCUAUCAGAUUUAUGCUUAAUCCUGGUGGUAUUACUGUCUCCCCAUCAAGACCACCAACACCUCAACAAUUUCAAACGCAAAAAUUUCUUGGAUCAACUGGUGUAAAUGCAUAUCCGAAUGAUUUGAAAAAUUAUAUUGAACGUGCUUACCAGGCUAUUGAAGGCAAAGAAGACCGCGAGAAGUUAGAAGGGUAUUUAAAGUUACGCGUUGAGCCUUUGUUAAAAUCUGGCGCUGUUUAUGCCGUGAAUUGGGCUGCCGAACCCUUACCCCACGAAUUGGGCUUUAAAUUAAAAACUAGUUGGACCCCAAGUUGUACUCUAAAGAAUCAACAGCAAAAACCAGUGCAAUCUACCGGGAGCAAAGCCUCAGAAGGAUCUUGGAGGAAAGAGACUCCGCAGAUUACCAGAAGUCCUGCUUUGAAUGGACAAACUGUGCAAGUGACUAUGAAUACCAAUGUUGGUUUAUAUGCGCCACCCGGUUCCGGUACUUCCUUCUUAUCAUCGUCAGUUGCUUCUUUUCAUUCUGUCCCUGUUCAUGAUCACUUACCUUCCCUCUCAAAACGUAGCAGAAGUCGUUCUCCUCUUCGCGAUUUUGAUCAACGAAGUAUUCAAAGUGUCCAAACUGUCUCUUCUUCAUCAACUACUACAGUUGAAAUGAAGCCAUUGACUGUAAAGCAAGGACCUCGAGCCGCAGCUUUUGGUGCUCAAAUGGAUUACAAAUGGGAGAACUCUCAACAGCAAAAAUAUCAGCAAUUGGAUGAUCCAAAAAAUACAAUGAGCAAAAAAGAAAGGAAGAAGUUGAAAAAACUUCAAAAAUUUCAAGAAAAACAUCAGCGUUUGGAAAUGGAGGCCUCAAAAAAUCAGCCAACAUCUACCUCCAACAACGCUUUUACUUCAUUUACUCCAAUUGAAGUUUCUCCACAAAAGUGGCAGAUUGAUAUGCCAAGUGAACGUAAAAUGGAACGAGCAAGACGUUUUGCUGCUAGCGAUAACCGUUAUUCACCAAUCCCUCAAAAUUUAUUUGUUACUUCAAAUGAAAUUUCACAGAGUUUCGUUGGAUUAAAUAUUGUUGGGACAUGUACUGAUAUUGAAAAAUCUUUCUUUCGUUUAACAACUGCACCUGAUCCAAGCCAAGUUAGGCCUCCAAAUAUUCUUUUACAUUCAUUGGAAAAUGCAAAGAAAAAAUACAAAGAAACACGUGAUUAUCGAUAUGCCUCAGAUCAAUUAAAAAGUAUUCGACAAGAUUUAAUGAUUCAAAAUAUUCGAGAUGCAUUUACAGUUAAAGUAUAUGAAACUAAUGCGCGUGUGGCUUUAGAAAAUAAAGACAGAGAAGAAUUUAAUCAAUGCCAAAACCAACUAAAACAAUUAUACAAAUUAGUGCCAAAUUGCCCAAAUUGUUGGGAAUUUACUAGUUAUCGCCUUCUAUACUACAUUUAUAUGAAAGAAACUUUGGAUGUUGCCUAUUUGUUGGAUGAACUUGUCCCAGCAGCAAUUUCUGAUGAAUGUAUGGGAUUUUCACUAAUGAUUUGGGAUGCCUGGUCUAUGGGUAAUUAUAUAAAAUUGUUACGUUUAUAUGCAAAAGCUCCAAAAAUGUCAGGUUAUGUAAUGGAUAUGUUUAUUGAUAGAGAAAGAACUGAAUUUUUGAUCUCAAUAAUUAAAGCGUUUCGCCCUGGUAUCAAACUUUCAUUAUUAAUUAAUUGGUUACAAUUGGAAAAUGAAAAGGCCCUUAUUGAAUUUUUGAAACAAAGAGGUAUUGAAAUUGAUGGGAGUGAAGAUGUACUUGAUUGCAGGAAAUAUGCAAAUAUAAAUAUUAAGUUCUAA